UAAGAAUUCUUAAUGAAACUUAAUCACAAGAUAAGAUCGGAGAGUGUGUUUAUAAAUCAAAUUUUGUGCAAAUAAAAAUCGGUAGCCCACAGCUAUAUGUUGGCACCUCCGGACGGAGAGCAGUGUAUGGCUGUCACUGCCACAGCUGUUCCUGCUGCUACUGCUCACAUUCGCCCUUGUUGUUGUCUUCUUUCCCUUCUUCCACUUCUACAUUUACAUAAUGGCCAUGGCCAUGGCCCUGGUCUGUGGCGCCAAAAAAUUAACAAAUUUAAAUUUGAAAUGGAUAGUGCGUCGCUGUUUAAAUCAAGACUUGACAACUGCCCUUCGUCCAUUUUACUUUGCUGUCCAUCCGGAUCUCUUUGGCCAACAUCCCGAAGAACGGCAAACCAAUGAGGAUUCCUUGAAAUUGCUCAGUGAGCAUUUGGGUGCUUUAUACGAACGUAAUUAUUGCUAUAAUGCGUCUGAUAGCACAAAAGUUCUAAAAUUCUAUGUGCGGCUAAGCAACGAUGCGGACAAGAGAGAUUCGUUCAAAUUGGUUCACAUACGCCUGGACAGGAAUAGCACAAGAGAUCCAAAGACUUUUAUACAGCAUCUAUUGGAAUCGUGUAAUCUAUCAACGGAGUAUGUAAAGAGCAUCAAGUCAUCUCCACCUUCUCAUGGAGCGGGAGCUGGAGCUGCCCCUGGAGAUAGUAUGGCCAAUAAACCUAGUUACGAUUACAAUUACAACUCGGAAUUUGCUGACUUUGAGUACCAAUUCAGAAAUGAACGUGUCAGCAUACGCCCAGAGCUAUCCACAUGGCUGGGGGAGAACGCACCCAAGGCCAAAGAGCGUUCCAAAGAGACAGCAACGCUACAGGCCGAAAUUGAUAAACUGCAAAAGGUUUUGGUGGAAAAAUUAAAAUUACGCGAUGCUCGUUAUGAAUGUGGCUGGAAUAUAGAUCAUUAUCGUGGAUGCCUUAAAACCCUGGAACGUCUGGCGAAUACCCAUUGCCAGGAAUUGCAUCCUCUGGAAAAUCGUAUAGUGGUUUUUGCCCCAUUCACGGGUAUCAGCUUGGAGGGUCAUGUAAUGCUCUUUACUGGAGAUGUUCUAAGCAAUUGGCUGGAUUUCAUCAAAAAUAUCCCAUCACAUGAUGCUUAUCUCAAGGUGGUGCCCAUCUAUGAGCAGACUUUAUCGCAAGUUCUGCUUGGCAUACAAAUUGGACGCAGGAAAUUUAUGCCCAAGCAACAGGCACGCGGCUAUGCUAGCCACUUGAUGAAAGUGACGACAUCCCUCAAUGAUUAUCUGGGUAAACAAAAGUAUCCCAAGGAUUGGGCCGGAACAUUAAAAGAAUUCACCAUUGUAGUCGAAUCGGAGGCUGGUCCAUUAAUGGUCAGUCCGACCGGACAAUUCAUAACACCAGCCACUUGUCCAGGAUCAAUUCUUGUGGAUUUCAUUAGCCAAAACAUGACAGUGGCCCAGGAGCGUAUGAAAAAGUAUGCCGAAGAUAAGCACAUUGAGCAAGAGCUAAUGGAUGAAUGCAUGAAGGAACUUCAAUUGCAAUCGCUAACCAAAGACGAUGCCAUUACGCCAGAUAAAAUGAUUUCAGCACUCUCUGAACUAUCCAAAGGUUACUCCACUCGGCAUUUUCAGCAAAUUAAAUUGCAUGUAACCCAUUAUUAUUCCGUUUCAACCGAUGGCGUCGUUUGCAUACCUUGGGACUUUAAUCAGAAGUAGUUUCAAGUUUUUUCUAUCUCAUUAUCUCUCGUGUGCCUUAUAUAUAUAUAUAUAUGUAUUUAGCGAAAACUAUCUAUUUAGAUCCAAGUGUUCAUUAAAAAAAUCCCCUUUAACAUAAUUAUUAAAUAUAUGUGAAAAUAUUUUCACUUUCUAGAUACAAAUUGAACAUUUCUCUUUAAAAAAAAUGUGAAUUAUGAAACGGCAAUGAGAUCAAAUUUUCAUAUCCUUUUUUGUCAGGAA